AUGAAGUUGAUUCUAUCCAGUUCGAAUAUUAUGCAAGCCGGGCGUCAGUCCGUUAUCCGCCAGCCUUUGACACAAAAGUCCAACGUGGAACUGAUUAACUCCCUCCGAUCGAACUUCCUUGCCUCGCAACAGAUUGACUCUUCACCGGCCAACGGCACCGACUCGAAUACAAACGGACAAUCUGCCAAAUCGCACCCGCCCUCAUGGACACUACAAAAUGAAGACGCUCUCUAUAUUCCUGCGAUCGACUUCUCCCAGAACGGUCUGUCCGAGGAGCGCGAUCAAUAUGAUAUCACAGUAAAACUAUUCUACCUACCGGGAAUCCCGGUAUCGAGGCGAUGCGCGCACACCAGAGAAGCAAUUGAUCUGGUAUUGAAAGAGCUACAUGUGAAGUCUAUCGAUCUACUGAUCGUGUCAUUCCCUGGGAUCCUGUUCGACGCCGACGACGACAGCGAAGAGGAAGACCACGAGAUGAGCAACGGGGAACCGGACGACUUCGACAGCAUGGUGCAGACAUGGCGGGUGUUGGAGUCUCUGCACGAGCAGGGCAUGAUCGCGCAAUUAGGCGUCGCCGAGUUCGGCAGCGAACGGUUGGCCCGCUUUCUGCCGCAUACCAAGGUCAAGCCCUCGGUCGACCAGAUCAAUCUGAAGGAUUGCUGUGUUGUUCCCAAAAACUUGAUUCUCUAUGCGAAACAAGAGCAGAUUCAACUUCUCACCCAUAACGAUUGCCAUGAUAUCCUCCCUGUCGGCACAACGCGAGAACUCCUGGGUCCCGCGGAGAAGAGUGCGGGCAUCCUGGCCUCGUCGCCCGAGGCCAACGACGGCAUCCAGGGAAGUAUCGAGCCACAGUGGGUGGUCAAGUACACGGCAGUCGUGAAGGAUCGCGGAGUCGUCGAGAACAAGGGAUAUUUCGCGUUGGCCGACGUCGGCACAUGUGUCAAGGAGCGGGUAUAA